UCCCCUGAAUAACAGCAGAAAUACUCUCUUUUCUGUGAGUUUCCCUUUCUGUGAAAAGAGGCAGAUUUAUGACUGGGUAUAUAUUGCAGUGGGACUCUUGAGGGGUCAGACAACUGUUUCUCCAGCAAGAAGAGUGAAGCAACAGCUCAGUUGCUUGUCCUGAGACUCUGUUUCAAGGUGAGCAAGAGCCCCUUCACCUGAAGCCCUCCCCACGAUGCUGUUGCUGCUGCUGCAGGUCUUGGCGAGCUGCCUCUGGCUGGGAUACAGCGAGGUGGUGACAUCCUUUGAAAGCUCAUGCCCUCAGUUUUUCUUCCGGGGAACCACCCCAAAUGAAGCCCUGGAGCCGGAGAACCCAGCUUGGAUCUGCCAGCGUUAUAACAACCAGUAUUACUUUGCCACCCUGUACGACAAGAGCAGGCGUAUUCCCGUAUACUCUGCUUACAUCUACGAGGCUGGAUCUGGCAAGAGACCCAACAUAUGGCUGGUUGAGCCCCAGCUGGUUAGCCCAACUUAUCCUAAAACUAUUGAAACAGAGUCGACCCUCUUGAAUGAUUAUGACAUCAGCUUAGAGGAAAUCGGCAAGAACCAGGCUGUCUACCAGGACUACAAGAACCUGACGGGUUUGAACCGUGGCCAUUUGAACCCCAACGGCCAUCACUCGGACAUCAACAGCAGAACGGCCACCUUCACCCUAACCAACAUCGUGCCUCAGAAUGAGAAGCUCAACAGCGGCGCCUGGAACAACUACGAGCAGCAGACGAUGAUCAAGAACACCGAAGGCUGUACCACCACCUAUGUCGUUGUGGGUGCUGUGCCUGGGAACAACUACAUCUCCAACGGGAGGGUGAAUAAACCCAGCUACAUCUGGGCAAGUGCCUGCUGCGAGGUGGACAACAACCACAGGAAGACUUGGGCGGCCAUUGCUGAGAAUGACAAGAAUGAGGUGGAGCUCCUCACGCUGGGGGAGCUGGAGGAUGUGUUGACCCAGCUCUAUGGGAGGGACCAGGUUUCUUUGUUUGACAGUGGCUGUCCCCGGGAAUAAGCCCCAAUUAACAUCCCAAGUGUAAAAGGCUCAGGAGCUUUCUCCACAUGCCCUCUGCAGCAUCCAUCCUGCUUCCUUCUCCAGUGAUUUUCCAGCUCUGUCUCUCAGAGCACCUCCUUUGAUAAAAGCAAGAAAGAGGUGAGCUUCCCACCCUUGGAGGGAGCUCUUAGGAAGGAGUCCUUGCCCUGGCCACUCUGGAGGGGCAGGCUGUAUAACAGCCCAUGGGCAAGGACAUCAGAUCUUCUCACUGAGACUAGAAGGGCUUUGCCUUUUUUUCCCCUUUGUCUCCAUGCCCAUAUACAGAUAAUUGCUCUUUCCAAUCCUCAUUAGAUAUCACUGGUAGUGUGUUGCUGGCUUGUCCCUCACCUCCUUAGGAAGCGUAUGGGACUAGGGCAGCUCAGGUUGCCCACAGAGGUUGUGGAGUCUCCAUUGCUACUGAUACUCAAACCCAACUGGACACGGUGGGGUGUCUGGACUAGAGGAUCUUGAGAGGUCCAUCCCAACAUAAAUGAUUCAGUGAUUCUGUGAUUCGUCCUGGGACAAGGAAAGCAAAGAGCCCAAGGAUUGCUGCGAGUCUGUAAGGAUGAUCCUACAAAUGCAUUCUGACUAGUAGAGCAACGAUAAUAGCAAAGGAUAAAGGGAGAGAGGAAGGUGAAGAAGUAAUACAGCUAAGCAUAGGAGCAGCAUCUCUUGAGGUCUGUAAAUAAAUAAAACAUGGAGAAAGAAGGAAAUAACCUACAUCUAAUCACUAGGCUCCCUAACCCUGAGCUUACAUGGAGACUGUGUUUGUGUAUAUUUGCUAGCAGGUUGUUGUUUGCUUGCAUUUGGAACCUGCACCUUGAGAGCAGGAGCUGAGGUAUCAGCCAGCCGGGCUCAGGGAUCAGAUGUACAGCCAGCUUUGACCAGUCAAAGAUACAUUUCUGUGACACACUGGUUGGAUAAUUUCAUUCUCUGCUCUGCUUCUGAACCUUUCCUGCAGAUUUAUGUGUAACUGAUUUUGUUAAAUGUGUUCAAUGGGUGUAAAAGGUCAAUGUAUGCCGUGUGAUUUAGUUCCUGAGCAGUUUACAACAUAAAGUAUUUGCUCCAUUGCUGCAUUUUAAGGUCACCUUAUAUAUAAAUCAUAAGUUGCUUCCCACUGAAAUUUCCACUGCUGGUAAUGUCCUAGUACCUUCAGCAUCCUUGCAGGAGGUAGAGUGUCCACAUCCAAUCUGGAGAUGCUGUAGCACCUAUGAAAUUGUCACCAUC